ACGAGGCGGCCGAGCGGAUACCAAAAUGCAAAUCUCUGUGAAGACCCUGACGGGCAAGACCAUCACCCUAGAGGUUGAACCCAGUGACACCAUCGAGAAUGUCAAGGCCAAGAUCCAAGACAAGGAAGGCAUUCCACCAGACCAGCAGCGGCUGAUACUCGCUGGCAAACAGCUGGAGGAUGGCCGCACUCUCUCUGAUUACAACAUCCAGAAAGAGUCCACCCUGCACCUGGUGGUGCGCCUGCGUGGUGGCAUCAUCGAGCCCUCUCUGCGCCAGCUUGCUCAGAAGUACAACGGUGACAAGAUGAUCUGCCGCAAGUGCUAUGCUCGUCUGCAGCCCAUGCUGUAA